CUUUUUUUCCAAAAUGGAAAAGAAUCUAUUGCUUUGUAUUUUAGUAUUGAUUCCUACCUUUGCAUCCUCAGACUUCUUGCUGACACAUGUCAGAAACAUCAAGAAGCGAAAUGCUGAUAAUGACUUGGUUGUCAAUGGGAUGGAAAUCUAUAGCAUGAAAAUUGAUAGUAAAGUGACUUCCCGCUUUGCACACAAUGUCAUCACCAGCCGAGCUGUCAAUCGUGGAAAUGUGUCCAAAGAAGUUUUCUUUGAUGUUGAUCUCCCUAAGACAGCCUUCAUUACCAACUUCAGCAUGACAAUUGAUGGUGUCACCUAUCCUGGAACUAUAAAGGAAAAAGAAGCUGCAAAAAAGCAAUAUGAGAAGGCUGUUUCGAGAGGACAGACUGCUGGUCUUGUCAAAGCUUCAGGAAGAAAAACAGAAAAAUUCACUGUCUCAGUCAACAUUAAAGCAGCCAGUAAAGUCACUUUUGAGCUCACAUACGAGGAACUGCUGAAGCGACAGUUUGGAAAAUAUGAAAUGUUCAUCAAAGUGAAACCAAAGCAGCUUGUCAAAGAUUUUGAGAUUGAAGUAGAUAUCUUUGAGCCACAGGGUAUCACUGAGCUGGAAGCAGAAGGAACAUUCAUCACCAAUGAGCUACAAAAUACCAUUAAAAAAUCUUUUUCAGGAAAAAAGGGCCAUAUCUCUUUCAAGCCAACCCUCGACCAGCAGCGAAAGUGUCCAAGUUGCUCAGAGUCUGUCUUGGAUGGGGAUUUCACUGUAAGAUAUGAUGUGAAGAGAACAACUCCAGAUAAUUUGCAGAUUGUCAAUGGCUAUUUUGUACACUUCUUUGCACCAACAAAUCUUCCAAAGCUGUCCAAGAAUAUUAUUUUUGUAUUGGAUACUAGUGGCUCAAUGUCUGGAAGAGAAAUAGAACAAACAAAAGAAGCACUGCUAAAAAUCCUAGAUGACAUUAAAGAAGAUGACUUCUUCAAUAUCAUAUUAUUUGAUAGUGAAAUAUCUACCUGGAAAGAAACAUUAAUCAAGGCCAGUCCUGAGAAUUUGGAUGAAGCGAGGAAGUUUGUUCGGCAAAUUUCUGCUCAAGGCUUGACAAAUUUACAUGGUGGUUUGAUGAGAGGAAUUGAUAUUCUGAAUGCUGCUCAUGAAGAAAACCUUGUGCCCAAGAGAAGCGCUUCUAUAAUUAUCAUGUUAACAGAUGGUCAGCCAAAUGUAGGUGUAUCCAAUACUCAGGAGAUUGAGAAAUCAGUGAAGAAGGCCAUUGAUGGCAGAUACACCUUAUACAACCUUGGCUUUGGCAGUGGUGUUGACUAUGGCUUCUUGGAGAGGAUGGCACUGGAGAAUAAAGGGUUGGCCCGUCGGAUUUACCCUGACUCUGAUGCAGCUUUGCAGCUUCAGGGGUUUUAUGAUGAGGUGUCAAAUCCCAUGCUCAUAGAUGUGGAGUUAAACUACCCAGAAAAUGAAAUAUCAGACCUAACUACUAACAGCUUCAAGCAUUUCUAUGAUGGGUCUGAGAUUGUGGUGGCUGGGCGCUUUGUAGACAGCAACCAAAACCAUUUGUCUGUGGAUGUAAGAGGUGAAGGUGCUCAGGAUGCCCUGUCGUACACUACACAGCAAGGAGCUGAGCAGACAGCUCAGGCUUUCCAAGAACAGCAAUACAUAUUUGGAGAGUACAUUGAAAGGCUCUGGGCUUAUCUUACCAUUGAACAACUCUUGGAAAAACGCAUUACAGCCACAGGAGAAGAAAAGGAAAACCUUACAGCUCAAGCCCUGGCUCUCUCACUAAUGUACAAGUUUGUAACACCACUGACAUCCAUGGUGGUAACAAAACCAGAAGAAGAUGAAAAUGAAGAGGGGAUUGCUGAUAAACCCACUGAAGGUAUAGACAUCUUCAUAAUUCAUCCCAUCACCCAGAAUUCAGGCCCAGCUGCUCUCCAGGGCUGCCCCCAGGGCCUCCCAGGGAUGUUCACAGGUCCUUUGACGGCUUUACCAGUCCAUCACACAUAUGCAUCACCACCCACAUGGUAUACCAGCGUUGAUGGAGAUCCACACUUCAUUAUAUCAGUGCCACAAAAAAAAGAUGCCAUUUGUUUCAAUAUCAAUGAAAACCCUGGCAUGAUCUUAAAUUUAAUAAAUGACCCAGUUACAGGCAUCACAGUCAAUGGAGAACUUAUUGGUGAUAAGAGAGUAAAUAGUAAUGCAAAGAUCCAAAACUCAUAUUUUGGAAAACUUGGUAUUGCAAAUAAGCACCUGGAUGUAAAGCUGACAGUAACUCCUGAGAGGAUCACAAUUGAGAAUGGUGAUGAAAAAACAGGUUUCACCUGGCUGGACUCAGUCACCUUGCAACAAGCAGGUUUAACUUUGAUAAUUAACAGGAAAAAAAAUCUGGUGCUCUCAAUGGGCAGUGGUGUCUCAUUUGUUGUUGUUUUGCACCAAGUGUGGAAGAAACAUCCCCUCCACCAAGAUUUCCUGGGACUGUAUACAUUGAAAAGUGAUAAACUGUCUGAACAGACCCAUGGAUUAUUAGGACAGUUUUUCCGGCCCGUUGACUUCACCAUACUUGAAAUUCAUCCUGGCUCUGAUCCCAAGAAACCAGAUGCCACAAUGAUUGUUAAAAACAAUGAACUGACAGUAACAAGGGGCUGGCAGAAGGAUUACAGAAGAGAUCCUGUACACGGGGUUGAUGUUCCCUGCUGGUUUGUCCAUGACAAUGGAGCUGGGCUGAUAGAUGGUGUUCACACAGAUUAUAUUGUUUCCAGUCUCUUCUAAGCAACUUCCUCCAAAUGCACAGGCAGACAAUAUUUGUCUGAAAGAACAGUAUUUUCAAUGUAUAAGGUCGAUUCAAAGCAUAUAAGCAUACAUGUUUAGCAAGGACAAGGUAUGAUGGAUUUUCAUAAAGAGUUUUAGUGUGCAUUUGAUCCAAUCUGAAGGGCAAGAUCCCUCAUCCUCUGAAGUGAACUCUUUAUUAGGUUUAAAAUUCUGACUUAAAAUGGUACUUUGUUACAUAACAGAAACCCUCUACCCAAUUUUUAAUCAAUAUUUGAGUGUCAGGAGUGAUUAAAUAAAAGUAUCAAUACUC